AAGCCCCGCCCUCCCAUUCAGCAGUUGUUGCAUCGACCCCGACGGGUACACCUCGCGACGCAAACCACACCGUGUUUAAAAACGCUUUUUCUUCACAUUUCUUCCUUUUGUUCUCCCUCUCUCUGAACCUCAAAACGAAAAAAUGCGUGAGUGCAUCUCUAUCCACGUCGGUCAGGCUGGAGUCCAGAUUGGCAAUGCCUGCUGGGAGCUUUACUGCCUGGAACAUGGGAUCCAGCCGGACGGACAGAUGCCCAGUGACAAGACGUGUGGAGGAGGAGACGACUCCUUCAACACCUUCUUCAGUGAGACUGGAGCUGGAAAGCACGUCCCCAGAGCAGUUUUUGUGGACCUGGAGCCCACUGUCAUCGAUGAGGUGCGCACUGGGAUUUACCGCCAGCUGUUCCACCCUGAGCAGCUGAUCACUGGCAAGGAGGAUGCUGCCAACAACUACGCCCGAGGACACUACACCAUCGGCAAGGAGAUCAUUGACACAGUGCUGGACAGGAUCCGCAAACUGGCUGACCAGUGCACCGGUCUUCAGGGUUUCCUGGUGUUCCACAGCUUCGGAGGGGGCACCGGCUCUGGUUUCACCUCCCUGCUGAUGGAGCGUCUGUCCGUCGACUACGGCAAGAAGUCCAAGCUGGAGUUCUCCAUCUACCCAGCUCCCCAGGUGUCCACCGCUGUGGUGGAGCCCUACAACGCCAUCCUGACCACCCACACCACCCUGGAGCACUCUGACUGUGCCUUCAUGGUUGAUAAUGAGGCCAUCUAUGAUAUCUGCCGUAGGAACCUCGAUAUCGAGCGUCCCUCUUACACCAACCUGAACAGGUUGAUCAGUCAGAUUGUGUCCUCCAUCACUGCCUCCCUUCGCUUUGAUGGUGCCCUCAAUGUUGAUCUGACAGAGUUCCAGACCAACUUGGUGCCCUAUCCCCGUAUCCACUUCCCUCUGGCCACCUAUGCCCCUGUUAUCUCUGCAGAGAAAGCGUACCACGAGCAGCUCUCAGUGGCAGAAAUCACUAAUUCCUGCUUCGAGCCAGCCAAUCAGUUGGUGAAAUGUGACCCACGCCACGGUAAAUACAUGGCCUGCUGCCUUUUGUAUCGUGGUGAUGUCGUUCCCAAAGACGUGAACGCUGCCAUUGCCACCAUCAAAACCAAGCGCUCCAUCCAGUUUGUGGACUGGUGCCCCACUGGUUUCAAGGUGGGCAUCAACUACCAGCCACCCACUGUAGUUCCUGGUGGAGACCUGGCCAAGGUCCAGAGGGCUGUGUGCAUGCUGAGCAACACCACUGCUAUUGCAGAGGCCUGGGCUCGGCUUGACCACAAGUUUGAUCUGAUGUACGCUAAGCGUGCCUUUGUGCACUGGUAUGUGGGUGAGGGUAUGGAGGAGGGAGAGUUCUCUGAGGCCAGAGAGGACAUGGCCGCUCUGGAGAAAGAUUACGAGGAGGUUGGAGUCGACUCCAUUGAGGGUGAGGGAGAGGAAGAGGGAGAGGAAUAUUAAAAAAGGGACAAAGUUGUUAAUAAGUAAACACAUUUUAUGGAUUGCAUUAGCAUUCAAAACAAAUGUUUUGUCGAUUACCAUUUUGUCUGUCUUCUCAAUAAAAUUCCUGUGACAUGUGAA